UCUCACCUGUGUGCUAUGACCACCAACCUGUCUGUCUCGUACUCUCGCUUCCGCUUCGCCCUGUUCCGACUAGGCGGUGUCAGAAACUCCGGCGGCGAGACCGACGAGAUCCCGCCGGCGGCGGCGGCGGCGGCGCUCGCUCCACGCCGCACCACACGCGGGGCCUCCGGUGUGCGCCCCCGCCCCCUCGCGCGGAUGGCGGCGGCGCAGCUGCUGCUGGGCGAGGACGGGAGGGGGUACGACCUCGCGCGGCGGCUGGAGGCGUGCGGCGCGUGGCGGGCGUGGCUCGGGGACGCCGCCCAUGCCGCGCUCGCGCAGCACCUCCAGACCCCCUCCACCUGGGACGCCUUCCUCUUCCCCUCCUCCGGCGGCGGCUCCGCGGCCCCACCCCCUCGCCCGCUCCUGCUCCUCCAGCUCCGCGUCCGCGCGCUCCUCUUCGACAAGGCCUCCGCCGCGCUCCUCCCCCGUGCCCCCCCCCCGGCGGGCCUCAACUCUGUCAACGCCAACUAUCUUCAGCUCCAUGCAGAUGAUAUUUAUUUUUCAUUGGAAGAUGAGCAGGAAGAUAUCAAUCAACACCAUAUGCAAUCUAGAACCUCAUUUAGUCCAAGCAGGGAGAACACUAUGUUAUCUCAAAGACAUAAUCGAUACGAAGAGUUACCUGACACAUGGUACAAACAAUAUGCUGAAAAAUUCAGGACAUGGCAUGGCAAGUUCCGUUCAGGUGACAAAGAUAUACCAAAAAGAACAUCAGAGGGAAUGUCCAAUUACCUGAAGGUUUGCAGUGUGCAUAAAAGGAAGAGGGCUGUGUUUAUGGAUGAUCAGGGUCACAACAUCUCAGUCCCAAUGUCGGAAAAUGGCCCUUCCUCAAAGAAUGCUGGGGACUAUAGUAAUUUAACAGAUGAUACUUUCAUUCCAGAAAUUAGGUUUCCAGCUGACUGUGUCCCGGAAAGCGCAAUUCCUAGAACAAGUGAGACGUCUAGGAUCUACAAAAUAGAAGUUCAUGGGGUUCUUGAUAAUUUACCGGCGCCUGUUAGUCGCAACACUGCAAUGCUUGAAAGAUUUGGAAUGAUGCCUGAGUAUUAUAAGAAAGGGAACAAAUAUCGAGGGAAAGAUGGAUCCAGAGUAGAAGGAAAAUCUCUAAGCCAAGAACAAGCAAUGCUUAUGACAAGGAAGUUGGUUGCUCGCUACUUGGCAAAUGCAGGAUUUGAAAGUGGAACUGCAGUGUGUAUUGAUGUUCUUUCAGAAAUAAUAAUUAAGCACAUCUCUAAGCUGGGGCGUAACUUGAAGCUUCUAACUGACAGCUACAGGAAGCAAUUUUCAUCCAUUGAACUCCUUAAGAUGUUCCUACAGACUGUUGGCUACAGUAACAUUGGCCCCUUGAUGGAAAUCACUAAAACGACAAAUAGAGGGGCCAACUACCCUAUGCAGCAAGAUGCACAAGUGCAAAAUCAAAAUGCUCUUCUUCAUGCACAACAGCUUUCGAGGCAAUUUGCACCCCAAAUGGGAAUUAAUACACAGAAUUUGACACCACAGCAGCAGCAGCAACUGCUGCAGCAACAGUGGUUGAGGCGCAAUCAACUGGCCAGCCCCCGUGGUCCUCUUACGAUGGCGGACAAAAACCAGGCUAUGGUAAAUGUGAAGAUUGAGAAUACGGUGGACUCACAGAUUGAUAGCCCCUACGGAUCACUUACCAGACAACAAUUGCAGCAGCUAAGGCACCAUCAGCUUCUACAGCAGCAGCAGCAGCAGUUUCAGCAGCAACAGCAAGUUCAACAGCAGCAGCAACAACAACAACAACAAUUUCAACACCAGCAGCAACAACAGCAGCAGCAAUUUCAACAACAGCAUCAGCAGCAGCAACAAUCACAGCAAUUGCAACAACAGCAUCAGCAGCAGCAACAACCACAACAAUUGCAGCAGCAGCAUCAGCAGCAAUUGGCCAUGUCAGGAGGCCAGAAUGCCCAACUAGCGCAGCAGCUAGCAAUGUCAGGAGGCCAGAAUGCACAACUAGCGCAGCAAUUAGCCAUGUCAGGAGGCCAGAAUGCGCAACUAGCUCAGCAAUUAGCCAUGUCAGGAGGCCAGAACCCCCAAUUAGCACAGCAAUACAAACAAAUGCCAUCGAUGAGUGCGUACGGCAUGAGGAUGCCGCCGGUGAAAGUGGAAGCGUUCCACGAGCUGGUGAGUGGAGAUUCGUCUCUGAAACCCGAUAGCGACUCAAACAAACUCAUGUCUCCCAAGUAGGUCAGUCUUACACCGAGGGAAAAUCGCGUAGCCAGCGGUUAGCUGUAGUGUACAAAGGACUACAUUUGUGAUCUCUCACUGUUGUUUCCGAAGAACUGAAGCCUUUGUAGUUUUCAUCAAAUCCAGCAAGGCAAGCAGUGUAUUGUAAUUGUAGAUGUAUAAGUGGUUACUAACUGAGGUGAUAAGAUCGAUGUGGUAAUUUAUCAGAAACUUGAGAUUCCUUCA